AUGUCAAGACCUUUAUCUGUUCACAUACGCAAAUCUGUUUAUAAAAGCUUUAAAAGUUAUGAUACAAUGGUAAUACCAAAACCUUCAAGAAUUUUGGAUGUUGAUUCAAAAUAUGGGAAAAGAAUGCAAAGACUUUCGAAUAAAAUUUUUGGAGAGGUUACACGUCCAACUGACAUAAAAUCAAUUCGAGUUGCUAAUGAAAUUAUGAAAAAUGAACCUUGGGAGCAACAAGAAGUUUAUAGCCCAGAAUAUUAUCCAAAUUUGCCAAUGUUUCAUUACUUAACUAAAAUGCUUAAAUUACACGGUGUUUAUUUUGAUGAACAUGUUGUUUGGAGAGAAGUCCAGAAUGAAAUUCGUUUGGCUAAAGGAAAAAUAGUUCAUCCAAAAAUUGGAGAAGGAAAACAAAAAGCAAAGAGGGAGAAAAAUGUUUCUUGAAAAAUUCUUUGUUGAAAAGUUUGAAAAGGUUUUUUUGUUAGAUUUAUUUUUUGGUAGUAAAUAUUUUUUUGAAAGUUUGUUGUUAGUCAAAGCUAA